ACUCUAUUACUCAACAGUAUUGUGAAAAACACACCUGCAGGCAGAUAAAACAGUUUCUAAACGUCAGCUUCCUCUCCUGCCAGAUCUGAGAUUAGUUUGUAAUAAAGAUUUCCAACAAGCCCAUGCAGGUUCUGUGUCAGACAGAGCAGUUUCGGGUGCAGCUCCUUUAUUUUCAUGUAACCUGCUUGCAUCUGUUGGAUUGGGCCAGAUGUGGCUAAACAUAGCAAGCCUACGUUUGACCUUAUUAAUGUAAUAAAGAGCUAAGCCAAUUAGAAGCAAUAUCUAAAUUAAUCACACAAGUUAUUCAACUGUAAUUGAUUUCUGUUGGAAACAUGACCCUGUUUUCUUUCUCCCUUUCUGUUACAGGUGCACAUGUGUCUAUCACCCAGGCCAGUGCAGCAGCAAGGAUGAACUGGUCAGGGCUUGAGAGUCUGUUGAGUGGGGUCAAUAAAUACUCCACUGCGUUUGGGAGGAUUUGGCUGUCGAUGGUGCUUGUGUUCCGUGUAAUGGUGUUUGUGGUGGCAGCACAGAGGGUUUGGGGCGAUGAGAGCAAAGACUUUGUGUGUAAUACUCGACAGCCUGGCUGUACCAACAUCUGCUAUGACCACAUCUUCCCCAUCUCUCAUAUCCGUCUGUGGGCGCUGCAGCUGAUUUUUGUCACCUGCCCGUCACUGAUGGUGAUGGCUCAUGUUAAAUACCGCGAAGGAAAGGACAAGAAAUAUGUUGAGCUGCACCAAGGCUCUCACCUGUACGCCAACCCUGGCAAGAAGAGAGGGGGGCUGUGGUGGACCUACCUGCUGAGUUUGGUCUUCAAAGCUGGAUUCGACAUAGCAUUUCUCUACAUUCUGUAUCGGAUAUACCAUGGAUAUGACUUGCCCAAGUUAUCCAAGUGUUCCCUGGAACCAUGCCCCAACACCGUGGAUUGCUUCAUUAGUCGUCCAACAGAGAAAAAGAUCUUCAUGUUGUUCAUGGUGGUUUCCAGCACGCUGUGCAUCUUCAUGUGUAUCUGCGAGAUGGUUUAUCUCAUCGGCAAGCGCAUUGCCAAAUUGGUAAGGAUCCGCCAAGACAAUGUGAGGCUCCUAUUCGCUGAGCAGCACGAGCUCACCAACAUGGCCCCACCCAGGUCCCAGUAUUGUAGGACUGAUCCAACGCUGUCAGACAGCCAAAUGAGUUUAAACAGAAGGGAGAAGAUCAGAGAAGGUGGUAUAAGUACGACCCUGUAGGACGGGUCUGUCUUCUAACGGGUGACCACACAACAGGACCAAAAGUUACCUAAUAAAGUUAACAAACCAAAAGACUGAUUCAAGGGCUGAUCCUGUGACACAGCUGUAGAUGAAAUAUUCAUGACUCUCCGUUGGAAGGAUCUCCAACACUGACCGCUUGUAUGCUGCAGGACACUGUUAAAGAAGAGGACGACUGGUAUUACUAUGUUUGGAUAUCACAUUUAUUUCUUUGUACUAUAGAUCUCAUCAAUUUAUGGUGGAAUAUACAAGGACAAUCAUCCAGGAGCUGGAUUUUAUAGCACACACGGAAUCAGAUGUUGUGUUUGUUGAUUGAUUCUUUAUCAUGAAUCAACAUCAAUACAUCAAUAUGUCAAUUUAAUUGUAUGUAACACUAUGGUAAAUUACAGAAUUACAGCACUCGUUAUCUUUAACACUGUUAAUAACUCUAUUAAUUGUGUGAAUGAGAAGAUUGCCUCUUGUGCGUUCAUAUUUCUUCUACUAAAGGGGCCAAAAUGCCGCUGGGAAAUUGAUGAGCUGAUGCCCCACAUCAAGCGUUGAGUUAUCCAUCAAGGUGUAUCUCUUUGCACCAUGGAAGAUGGUCUCUAUCUAGAUUUGGAUAUUGGUAAGAGGAUAUUUCUAACCAUCUUAUUGUACAGACUGGACACUAGCUGAGCUGACAGGGGGAUGUCACACGACAAAGUCAUAUGUACUUUCAUCUUUGGUCAAAUCCCCAGACACAGAGAAGACAUCUACUGAUGAGUCAACUGGAAUGUCAUAAUGUGUUUCAAUUUCUUUUAACUUGUUUUUAUUGACACACAUUGUGCUAUAUUUAAGUGCUUGUAAAAUAAAAAUGCUGAUCAA